AUGGUGGUGGUGGCGCAAAACCAGGGUCGGAACGAACACCUCAGGUCCCAGACUGCAAGCCAGAUGCACUCCAGCCCCGGUCCAGACGCCUUUCUGAAUGCACCGGUCGAAGAGGGGGCAGAGGCAAUCGAGCUGAGACGCACCGGCGCGCAUUGCAACUUGCAGCAAGAGUGGGCUACCAUCGAAGAGACAUAUAAGCGGAUUUGGUGCGGGCGCGACAGAUACAAGUCGCUGGCAGGAUUCGGAAAACUCCCGGUGGCAAACAACAAAGAAUUCCAUCCAGCAGUAACUGGGUUGGAAGUGGUCCGUACCAUAAAAGGAAUGGCCAGGAGGAGUUGCCCGGGACCCGACGGGCUGCAGAGGUCCCAGCUUCUCCUCUGUGACAGGAAGGGGCUAAAGCUGGCAAAGCUAUUCAAUGACUGGUUGAGGGCGGGGAUGAUCCCCAAAGUCUUCAAAGCAAGCAAGACAACCCUGAUCCCAAAAUCUAUUGACCCGGAACUCUGUGGCGUGAUUGGGAACUGGCGGCCACUGACGAUAAGCUCCACCGUUUUAAGGGUCUUCUCCAACAUAUUGGCCGCGAGACUCUCGAAUGCUUGCCAGGUACACCCCCGCCAGAAAGGGUUCGUCAAUGGCUCAGGAUGCAGCGAGAACCUUACGGUCAUUGACGGACUAAUAACACUGGCGAAGAAGGAAAGAAGGGAACUGGCUGUUGUGUUUAUAGACCUGGCAAAGGCGUUUGACACGGUCUCGCACCGGCUGAUUGGUGAGACGCUGACUCGGAGGGGUGUUGACCAGCUGGUGGUAAAGGUAAUCAUGGAUGGUUACAGGGGCUGCACAUCCUCAAUAAGAACAUGCGAGGGACCCACCAAGGAGAUCCCAAUCAAGCUGGGAGUCAAGCAGGGAGACCCGCUAUCCCCGCUCCUCUUCAACCUGGCGCUUGAUCCACUGCUCUACGCCCUGGAUGAUGGUAGAGCAGGAUUUGAGUUCGGUGAGGAUGCUGCCAUUGCGGCAAUGGCAUUCGCCGACGACCUUGUGCUGGUUAGUGGCAGCUGGGAGGGUAUGCGGUCCAACCUGGCAGUGUUGGACGCCUUCUGCGACAGGGUGGGUCUGGCUGUAAACCCGGACAAAUGUGUGGCGUUCCACAUUGGACAUCAAGGGCGAAAAGGGAUCCUAAACGCAUGUCCCACCUGGACCAUUAACGGCCAGCCAGUCAGGUUGCUAAAUGGGCAAGAGCAGGCAAAGUAUCUUGGGGUUGAGAUACACCCAUGGAAGGGAGUCUGCUGUCCCCCCCUGUCUCCGAAGCUCGAGAGCGGCCUUGUCAAAAUAGACAAGGCCGGGAUCAAACCGCACCAGAGGCUGGUGGUGCUGAGAUCCUACCUCCUUCCGAAGUUCCUCUAUGCCUGUGACCACUCGGGACUUUCUAGGGGAUCGCUCAGGGCCCUAGAUGCCAAGGUCAAGGUUGCAGUUAAAGAGUGUCCAAUUACCCAUGAGAUCUCCUCACUGCUUAACCUGGAAGCCAAGGUGAGGGAGCUAUACCUUGAGCUCACAGGUAUAGUCGCACCUGAAGACCUGGGCGAUGUAGUGGCUCAAAAGCUGCGUUCCUCCAACAUGAAAGUCCUGGAGCACAACAGAUGGAAGCUCCUGAGGUCGCAGGGCAAAGGGGUUGAAGUGUUCGCCAAUGACCAAGUCUCAAACUUUUGGUUGAGACAGCCCGUUGUCUCGGGGCUGACAGUCUCUGAGUUCCUGGUGGCUCUCAGACUGAGGUCCAACACGGUGAUCAUGAGGUACUCGGCGGUGGCCAGGGCACCCAACGCUGACUCGAGCUGCAGGUUCUGCCAAUACCCUAAGGAGACCCUGCCCCACAUUAUAGGCAACUGCCCUGAAUUCAAAGAGAACAGGAUGUCCGCCCACAACAAGGUUUGUGGCAGACUGGGUGACCUGGCAUCAGAAAAAGGCUGGAAGGUCCUAAGGGAAGAGCAUGUCAUUGUCUCUGGAAGGACGUGGGUCCCGGACCUUAUUAUAACAAAAGAUGGAAAGGGCAUGGUCCUGGAUGUCACCAUCUGCUUUGAGCAAAGCCUUGGCACCUUGAGGGAGAAAGCUGAAGCAAAGCAGCAAAAAUACGAACACCUCAAGCCGGUACUGGAGAAAGGCCUUAAACUCUCCCAUAUGGCAGUGGAGGGCUUCCCCAUGGGUGCGAGAGGGAAGUGGCACAAAGGCAACUACAGGAUACUGGAGGAGAUGGGCUUCUCGAAAACGGCUAUGAAGCUGGAAGCGAGAAGGCUGUCGAAACUGGUCCUCGUCAACACAAUAAAGACCGUCCGAUUAUACAAGGCCAGAAUCAGACCUUAA